CGAGCGCCGCCCCGCCCCGCCCCGCCGCGCGGAGGGGAGGGGGCGGAGGCCCGGGCCUUCCCCCGCCGCCGCCGCCCCUCACGGCGGCCUUGGGCCGCGCCCGGACAGCGGCCCAGGUUUUACCAAGGGACAGUACAUCUAACACUUAACUUGGAUCAUCUCUUGUUCAUCAGCUUGAAAAUCAUAACAGCCCCCAAAACUGACAUUUGAUCUGAAAGAAAAAGCUGUGACAAAUGGACAAUAUGUCUAUUACUAACACACCAACAAGUAAUGAUGCUUGUCUGAGCAUUGUUCACAGCUUGAUGUGCCAUCGACAAGGUGGAGAGAGCGAAACUUUUGCAAAGCGCGCAAUUGAAAGUUUAGUUAAAAAGCUAAAGGAGAAAAAAGAUGAAUUGGAUUCUUUGAUUACAGCUAUAACCACAAACGGAGCUCACCCUAGCAAGUGUGUUACAAUUCAGAGAACGCUGGAUGGGAGGCUGCAGGUGGCUGGCCGCAAGGGAUUCCCUCACGUGAUUUACGCCCGGCUUUGGAGGUGGCCCGAUCUUCACAAAAACGAACUCAAGCAUGUUAAAUAUUGUCAGUAUGCUUUUGACUUGAAGUGUGACAGUGUCUGUGUAAACCCUUACCAUUAUGAGCGUGUGGUGUCGCCUGGCAUCGACCUCUCGGGACUGACGCUGCAGAGCUCAGCCCCCUCCAGCAUGCUGGUGAAGGACGAGUACGUGCACGACUACGAGGGGCAGCCGUCGCUGUCGUCGGCCGAGGGCCACUCCGUGCAGACCAUCCAGCACCCGCCCAGCAACCGGGCCAGCUCGGAGCCCUACAGCGCCCCGGCCAUGCUGGCCCCCGCUGAGGCCAGCACCACCAGCACCACCAACUUCCCCAACAUUCCCGUGGCCUCCACAAGUCAACCUCCCAGUAUAUUGACAGGUAGCCAUAGUGAUGGACUCUUACAGAUUGCUUCAGGGCCCCAGCCAGGAGCUCAGCAGAAUGGGUUCACAGCCCAGCCAGCCACUUACCACCACAACAGUACCACCAGCUGGACGGGGAGCCGGACGGCCGCCUACACGCCCAGCAUCCCGCACCACCAGAACGGCCACCUGCAGCACCACCCGCCCAUGCACCCCGGACACUACUGGCCAGUUCACAAUGAGCUCGCAUUCCAGCCUCCUAUAUCGAACCAUCCUGCUCCAGAGUACUGGUGUUCCAUCGCCUACUUUGAGAUGGACGUGCAGGUCGGGGAGACGUUCAAGGUCCCCUCCAGCUGCCCCAUUGUCACCGUGGAUGGGUACGUGGAUCCCUCCGGAGGGGACCGCUUCUGCCUGGGCCAGCUGUCCAACGUGCACAGAACAGAAGCCAUCGAGAGAGCGAGGUUGCACAUAGGCAAGGGCGUGCAGCUGGAGUGCAAGGGCGAGGGCGACGUGUGGGUGCGCUGCCUGAGCGACCACGCCGUCUUCGUGCAGAGCUACUACCUGGACAGGGAGGCAGGCCGUGCCCCGGGGGAUGCAGUGCACAAGAUCUACCCCAGUGCUUACAUCAAGGUGUUCGACCUGCGCCAGUGCCACCGCCAGAUGCAGCAGCAGGCGGCCACCGCCCAGGCCGCUGCCGCCGCGCAGGCCGCCGCCGUGGCCGGCAACAUCCCGGGGCCGGGCUCCGUGGGAGGCAUCGCCCCGGCCAUCAGUCUGUCAGCCGCGGCCGGGAUCGGUGUGGAUGACCUGCGCCGGCUGUGCAUCCUGCGGAUGAGCUUUGUCAAGGGCUGGGGCCCGGACUACCCGCGGCAGAGCAUCAAGGAGACGCCGUGCUGGAUCGAGAUCCACCUGCACCGCGCGCUGCAGCUGCUGGACGAGGUGCUGCACACCAUGCCCAUCGCCGACCCGCAGCCCCUGGACUGAGCCCGCCUGUAACACGCCCUUCUGUUUAUACCCUCCAGAGAUACUUCACUUCCCUUCUGCUUAACCUUCUCAAAACAGGUUUUAAAAAUGUGUUUGCCGCCUUGCUCUUAGCAGAAAGCAUCUGAAUGUGCAGGAUUUGGAUUUCAGUUGUUCCCAGAACUCAGUAGUUGUAACACAGGGCCUGAAGUGGAAGGUAAACGCUUUAUAGAGACUUGACGGUGUUCCCUUUGAAACCCUCCUUCCCUACGGUGGCAUCUUGGCGAUCAGCCUCACGGGAGCCUUUUGUAUGCAGAAUAUAUAUUAUAUAUAUAUUUAUAUCUGAAAAUUCCUUCUAGUAGUUACAAACAUUUACCUUGUAGCGACUUUAAAAUUCCAACUGAUUUGUGAUAUUCUGUUUAGGGAACAGUAGUUAACAGACUUCUUCAUUUUGUUGAUGAUCACGUUACGAUUUUUCCAGGUUAAAGCCUUGCAGCUGCCAAAAAGUGAGGGGAUGACACAUACGUUGUUGGCAUCGAUCAAAAAAUUCUUUUAGUUUUUGAAAAAAGCAAAAGACAUCCUAGAUUUUUAUUUGUGUAACCAUGUGAGUUUUAAAACACUAAAGGAAAGGGAUGCUUUCAGUGCUGGCACUGGGUUGGAGGUGGAACACCCGGCCUGCAGCGUCGGCACUGAAAGGGACGGUGAGUGCCUGAUGGCAGGAGCGUGUUUUCUUAGUGCUGCCGACCUCUGUGGUCCCGCUCAACCCCCAGCAUGUACCAUGGCUAGAUCUGCAUGACUCCUUUUACUCGCCUGUGUCAUGGAAGUGUGUGUGCUAAGCCAGGACUGGGUUUUUGUAUCUGUUCACCAUUCCCACUCAGGGCAAGAUGGCAAACCUGUUUUUAUACCUCCUGGUUGUUUUAGCCCUGUGCCAUCCGUGGGUGACCGCGCCGAGGGGCGAUGGCUCCGUGCAGAGCCGCGGCAGGGACGGGCUGUGAGGCGCAGCAGCUCUGCCUCCCCUGCCUGCAGCACCAAUAAAAGGAUGGAAACCCCACUCACCAGGUUCCCUCUGCUUCUGACUCAGCCCCUCAGCUCCCUCGGCCGGGGCCGCACCGCUGGGGUCACUCUGGCUGGGAAACACGGCCAGCUUCGGCUGCUCUCGCUGCUCCUUCCGCUGGGAGGGACAGCCUCUCCUGGGCAGCUCUGCUCCUGGCAGGGAGCAGGGGACAGGGGGCAGGGGCUGGCUGCCCUCAGCUCAUGGCAGGGAGCAGGGAGUGAGCAGGGGCUGCCCUCAGCUCAUGGCAGGGAGCAGGGAGUGAGCAGGGAGCAGGAGCUGCCCUCAACUCAUGGCACAGGGAGCAGGGAGCAGGGGCUGCCCUCAGCUCAUGGCACACAGGGAGGGAGCAGGGGCUGCCCUCAGCUCAUGGCAGGGAGCAGGGAGUGAGCAGGGAGCAGGGGCUGCCCUCAACUCGUGGCACAGGGAGCAGGGAGUGAGCAGGGAGCAGGGGCUGCCCUCAGCUCAUGGCAGGGAGCAGGGGCUGCCCUCAGCUCAUGGCACACAGGGAGGGAGCAAGGGCUGCCCUCAGCUCAUGGCACACAGGGAGGGAGCAGGGGCUGCCCUCAGCUCAUGGCACACAGCAGGGAGCAGGAGCUGGCUGCCCUCAGCCCUUGGCCCCUGCGGGGUCUUGCAGCGCUGUCGGCGCAGCUGCAGCAGCCCAGAAAUCCUGCAGGGAUCGCUCAGGGCCUUCUGCCCAGCCCCUGGCAGAGUCUCAGCAUGCAGCGGGCCCGGGCCGUGCUUGGGUGUCGCUGUUCCCGCACGCCGGAAUUCCUGCGGAGGCAGCCGGGAGCACUGCUCCGUGCUGGGGCGGCUCCAGCGCCCCGGCCAGAAUCUCUUCCCUGUUUUCAUUGAUUCCAUAGUUUUCGCCGUUGCCUCCCUCAGGCUGGCUCUUGGUGAGAUCACGGUUUGUGCCCUCUGAGGUGGCACCCCCAGCCCUUGGGAAGAGCAGGCUGUGUUCGCUCUUCUCCCGGGUUUUGGCCCCAGACCUGUUUGGCUUUGUGUGGCUGCCCGGCAGGAAACUGCCCUGGCUGGCCUGGUGGUGCUGCCCAGCUGGGGCAGAGCAGGGAGAGGCUGGUUCAGCCUGCUGCUCCUCCUGCUCUGCAGUCUGAAAGAUUUCACUUGUUCAGGUGAGGUUUUUUCAGAUGUUUGGCAGGUGCCCACCCGCAAAAAUGCAUUCAUGGCCCAAAAUGUUCAGAACAAAACAAUAUCUGGUGAUUUUAUUGCAAGAAAUCACUGGAUUACAUCAGGAGAAGGCAGAGGCAGUAAAAGCUGAGAAGGCAUUCAUCAUCUCCACCAAGCAGCUCCCAAAAGGGUGCACUUGCAGCUGUUAAAGAAAAAUGAGACAAUCUUAUUCUUAGUUUUUCACAUGCUGUUAAAUUGACUUUUGUACUUUCAUGACAAGGCAUAAAAGGCAGCACAUAAUGUGCUGGAACCUGCUCAGCAGCAGCAGGCAUUGAGCUCUUGACAGGCCUGCCUUUGUGCCUGGGAGCCCAGAACGGGCUGCAGCUCCCUGGCAGCCGGGAUGCUCCCUGAGCCCCGUGCAGGCAGGGCUGCCGGGGGUGCCCGUUGUCUCCAGCCCCCCGCGCGGGGCACCCAGCAGGAUUUGUUCAGCCUGCCCCUCCUGCUCGCCCUGCUGCUCCCUGCUGCUCUGCUCGGCCCUUCCCGUCAGGCGCUGCCCCUCACCCUCAGAGCCCUUUGUGCUGGAGCUCUUGGUGCUUUCCCUUUGUGCUGCCAGCUGGGGUCAGCGCUGGCAGGUUUGGUGGGAGCUGGGGUCAGCGCUGGCAGGUUUGAUGGGAGCUGGGGUCAGCGCUGGCAGGUUAAAUGGGAGCUGGGGUCAGCGCUGGCAGGUUUGAGGGGAGCUGGGGUCAGCGCUGGCAGUUUGAUGGGAGCUGGGGUCAGCGCUGGCAGGUUUGGUGGGAGCUGGGGUCAGCGCUGGCAGCUUUGGUGGGAGCUGGGGUCAGCGCUGGCAGGUUUGGUGGGAGCUGGGGUCAGCGCUGGCAGCUUUGGUGGGAGCUGGGGUCAGCGCUGGCAGGUUUGGUGGGAGCUGGGGUCAGCGCUGGCAGGUUUGGUGGGAGCUGGGGUCAGCGCUGGCAGGUUUGGUGGGAGCUGAGGUCAGCGCUGGCAGGUUUGAUGGGAGCUGGGGUCAGCGCUGGCAGGUUUGGUGGUUUAUCCCGCUGUCAUGGCUAGUGCGGAGAGGGAGGGCGUUCACGCUAAACCCACUGCAGGUGCCGAGAGGAAACCUGGCUGGAAUGGUUGGGAAGGGCUGAACUCCAUCGGGAAUCCUCUGGAUGGAGACAAAACCAUUCCUUCCAUCCCUUCUCUGGGUGUGGGCGCUGUGCUGGGCCCUGGCGAGCUGGGAUGAGCAUUCCAGGGACAGCUCUGGCCCUGCUGGGCAGUCCUGGCUGCUCUGCGGUGGCCGUGCUGUCCCCAGGUCACCCGCGGCAGCGGCAGCAGCAGCCGCCUGCAGCCGGGCCUGCCGGGGGCUCCCUGCUGCUGGGGCAGCCCUGCAGCCCGGGCGGGCACCUCCUCCUGCCGGCAGCCGUGCAGCUCCUGCAGCUCCUGCAGCUCCUGCAGCUCCUGCAGCUCCUGCUCCCUGCGGGGCCCGGAGGAUGUGACCCGCCCCGCGCUGCUCACAGCCCGAGGACUGCUGUCUCCCCCAGAGAACGGCUCCUCAGGAGGGGCUCUCUCACUCCUGUGUCCCUCCCGGCCCUCGCUCCCCCCAGGAUAGGUCCUGAUCCCCGAUUUUCACACAUUUACCAGUUUUGGUCCAUUUCCAUCCUGGGGUUCAGUGUCCAGUCCCAGCUCCGGAUGAUGCAGUCCCUCCCUCCCAGUCUGCUCUCCUCCAUCCCCUGCUGUUGGCACUGUUAGGGCCUGGGGUGCAGCCGUGCCCUUGGUUCUGGCAGGAGCAGCGUUGUUCUGUGUGCCGGAGCUGCGAGGAGAGCUGCUGGCGCUGUGAGGUCAGUGCAGAUCAGAGUGGGCAGGAGGAGAGCUCAGACCUGAGGGUCACCGCGGCUGGGACGUGCUGCCCCCGAGCUGCUCCCCAGGCCAGCCGUGCUGUGGCAGUGUCACCUGGCGAGAGCUGAGGGCCCCAGGGCUGGGCUCUGCCGGCUGCGGCCGUGCCUGGAGGGUGCUGCGUCCCCCGGCCGUGCAGGACUCGUACACCAGCCCCAGCUGGCGCUUCCUGCCUCCAGUGCAUCUCUCUGACCUCUUGGCGGGGUUUGGUGGCACCCGAAGUUGAGAUUCAGCUGGAUUGAGGGCUCUGAAGUACCCGUAACGCAAAACUCACCCUGAGAGAGUCUUUCAGGCGUGGAAACCUGGUUAAGCAUUUCUUCUCUUCAGCCAUUGCCUUUUGAUAAGCGGUCAGCAGAAUUCCCAGUAGUUCCUUUGUAGCUUCCUGUAUGUUUUUCAUUAGACCUAGUUUGUGGAUAAUAUACUGUAGCUAACUUUCCUGAAAUUCUGUAACAGAGUAUGUUUUUGAUUAAAAAAGGUAAAGAUUCA